UCCUUGCACCCUCCUCUCCUCCCUCCUCAUUAGUGAUGCGGCCACCCAGCGGACACUUUGAAGUCUGUGCGCUGUGCUCAGAGAGCUGCUGGAGUCCGGACUGAACACACUCACCAGGACGCGUCCUCCCCUUGUUACUUGGGAUCUACUGAGUAAAAACCUUUUUAUGCUUCAGAGAGAGAAGAGGAAGCUGUGUGCAUGUUGCCCUGCAUCUCCCUCUGAUGACUUCAUGCUUCAGGUUCUGCUUUUAAAACUGGAAUAAGAGCGUUUUGGAGGAGGAGGAGGAGGAUGCUUCAAAGGGACUGAGAGCUUUCCUCGUCCUUGGGGAGAUUUCAGGGCGUCCAGUUGUGUGUUUGUCUCUCUCUUUGGAGGGGAUUGCUUCAUAUCUGCAUGGAUUACAUUUAAACACUACCUGGACUAACAGCAGCACCGCACGUCUCCAGAGCGCAGCGCCCUAUCUCCAAUGAAAUAUCUCCCCCCUGCUGCGCAUCAACAAAGUACACGGAUCGAGUCCAGUGAGUCCACCCACGGUGCAAAGUCUCGUCCCGGUGCAGCGGUCUCCUUGCUGACCCCCCUGGACCCUCUCCGGCAGGCGAAGCGGCUUCCUAUCCGAGUGCUCAAGAUGUUGACUGCGCACACUGGACACUUGCUGCACCCGGAAUAUUUACAGCCUUUGACAUCCGCACCAGUCAGCAUCGAGCUGGAUGCCAAGAAGAGUCCACUGGCCCUCCUGGCUCAGACCUGCUCUCAGAUCGGUAAACCAGACCCUCCGUCCUCCUCCAAGCUGAGCUCCUCCAGCAGCCAGGGGGACAAGGAGUCCGGCAGUCGCUCAUCCAGCCUGAAGCACGGCGAGCACCGCCCGUCUCUGGAUGAUAAAUGUAGCUUCAAGCCUUACAACAAAGGCAGCGGAGACUGUCGCAGAGACGGAGUCACCAGCAGCAGCAGCUCUAACAGCAGCAGCUCUAACGGCAGCAGCAGUGAUAAAGUGGGGUUUAGGGUGCCAAGCAAUAAUUCUAAUACUAAUGGGAAUUCAACUACAGGCCAGCAGUCCUACCCGCCCCAUGCUGCUUCACCGAGCCCCAGAGCAGGCAGCAGCACCCCACCUGGACACUCUCAGCCUCACAAACAGAGCCAGUCUCCAGGUGGACAGCAAACGUCUCACUCCCUGACUACAAAUGGAGACUCUGCACAUGAGCACGGCAGUCCAACCAGCACGAGCAGCAAUAAUAAUAAUCACCUGAAAAAAGACGGGGAUGUAAGCAAGAGGAACUCAGACAGUCCACAUGAUGCAAACUCCAGCCACGCUCGAGCCAGCACCAACUGCAGCAACAGCAGCUCUGAUGGCGGCUCCAACCACGAGGGGGGGAAAGCUGAUUCGUCCCAGCCUAACCUCGGCCCUGGUCGCAUUACACCCAUUUCUCCUUAUAAGACAACCCAGCCGCUCUUCCCCCUGCCGGCCUCUAACAUGGGCUACCAUGGAUCUGUAGUCGGGGCAUACGCAAGCUACCCGUCUCAGUUUGUUCACGGGCUGGAUCCGACAAAGUCGAGCCUCGGUAUGGGCGUCCCUGGGAAGCACCCGAGCUCCAGCCCUCUCACAGGUGCCUCCCCUCCCUCCUUCAUGCAGGGUUUGUGUCGGGACCCCUACUGUCUUAGCUACCCGAGCGUGCCCCAUCUUGGUGGAAAUAACUGCAACUCCUGCAUCCAUGACCCGUCCUCGUCUCUAAAAUCAAACUUCCCCUUGGUGUACCCUUCCCACCCGCUCCACUCCCUCCACCAAAGCUCCAGCGUCUCUUCCUCCCUCUCACACCCGCUCUACUCGUACGGCUUCAUGCUCCCAAACGACCCCCUUCCCCACGCCUGUAACUGGGUCUCGGCUGCAGGGCCGUGCGACAAACGUUUUACCACGUCAGAGGAGCUCCUGGCUCACCUCCGCACACACACGGCCCUGCCUAUCGGACUGGACAGUAAGCUGCUCUCUGUUUCCUCCUCUGGACCCGCCUCCUGCCACCUCCACCUCCCCCACCAGAGCUCUCCGGGCUCCAUGCCCGGCUCCCUCUCUCUCAGGGCUCCCCCCAGCCUGGGAUUAGCUCGCUAUCACCCUUACAGUAAAGUCCAUCUGCCCCCUGGACCCUCCUCCAUUUCCCUGCACUCUCUGCCCACCACAGGCCCGUACUACCCUCAUUACGCCCUCUACAGUCAAAGACUGGGAUCUGCAUCUGCUCUGGGCUACCAGUGAUACACCAUUUUUCUUUAAUGUUUAAAGGAAUAGUUUGACAUUUUGAGAAAUAAGCUUUUUCACUUUAUUGCUGAGAGUCAGAUGAGAAGAAUGACACCUCACUCAUAUAUAUUUCUUUUGAAAAUAAAUCUACAUCAGCCGGUUAGCUUAGCUUAGCUUAGCUCAGCUUAGCACAAACAUUGGAAAAAGGAGGAAACAGCCAGCCUGGGUCUUCAGAAAGUCAGCAAAUGCACCUACCAGCAAAUCAGACUCACUAAUAUGAUAUAGCUUAUUGUUUUAUAUAUAUUAGCAAGAUCUUAGCUUGAAAAACAAGACAGUUUUGCUCAGAAAAAUUGACUUGACGAAGAUACAGCUCCCAACUUAGACAUAAUGAUGCAAACGACGUAUGUAAAAACAUUCACAAUACCAAAGACUGUGCAUAAGAAAUGAAGGUAGCCAAUGUGAUGUCACUUUAAGUUUGGCACUUGUUUUUCUAGAGCUAAGUGACCAUAUUUGGGCGUGAGGUUGUAUAAACAAUGCUAAACCUGGUUAACAGGAAGCCACCCCUUUUUUUUUCAUUCCUCUAAAUGACACCAGAAUUUUCAAAAGGAGCAUCAUGCUGUUACAGAAGAGUUGAAAUUAGCAAUUAGAGUAAGAAAUACUGGUUCCAUUUAACCUUUUAUAUUUCCAGCAGUUGAGUUGCCCCCUGCUGGCUGUUAGAAAUAACACAGAUUUAAUGCAAUUCAGUGUUGACACCAAGGUUCCAAUUUGUAUAUGCAUCAAUAAGAAAGAAGAUAACAUAACAUUUUGCACUUAGAAGAUGCUAUUGUAAAGAGCCAGGCUAGCAGCCCCCUCUGUUUCAGGUCAGUGUGCUAAGCUAAGCUAACAGAGGUAUUAUUUCUCAAAUUUCCCCUCCUGCUAUAAAGCCAAAAAGUGCUUCUCAGAAUGUCAAACUAUGACCCUACGUUUGUACUUAAUUGUGGAAAGUUGCUGCUUCCACUCGGCUUACGACUGGAUUCAAGUGGAACUAGAAGUUCUGAGAGUGCGACUCCUGGAUUUUGACUUGAGUGCAUCUUCACACUUUCUUUACACAUUAUAUCUGAGAUUUGGUGUUUCUGAUCAGGCUCCACUCCUAAAGCUCAUAAAAAAGGACUCGUCAUGUGGCUCUUGCAUGUCUGCACAUUGUUGGGAUACUUUUUGCAACAGACGUGCCUGCCCUUUUCGGAGACGCUUGCCGCCCUGUAGGCUCUGCAAAUUGCAGGUUGGACGCUGUGUAAUAGCACUUGGAUGUUCAGGGUUGUCUCUGCAGAUGAUGAUGGUUUAGUGCAGAAAAAAUGAAGUGUGGCGGGGGACGGCAAUAAGCUGCAGCCGUGGACCGAUGCAAGUCCGGCCAAAGUCGCUUUCUCCCUGCAGGAGAUGCAUGUAAAGCUUGACACACCUGUUUAUCCAGCCCCAUGGUUUGAGAUGAUUUCUUUCAGUUCUUUAUGUUUUUGUUUACUCCUACUGAGAAGUUGUAUUUAUUUUUUAUCGGGGGAUCAGACUUUCUUUCAUGUUUUCCACUUAAAUCUAUUCUCAUUUUUGCUGUCCUCUGAGGAGUCAAGCUGGAUGACAGAUGCUGAACAUGUCAUGUCUUAAUACUUCUUUGAGGAUGAAUGUUGAAAUCACAUCUCUCUCUGAACUCUUUGGUUUUAGGAUUUUUUUAUUUCCACAGCAAAUCAAUAAAAAGCUGAGAUGUGAUAUUUUAUAUGUAAAAUUGGAACACCUUGUGGCGGUGUCCUGUUUAAGGGGAGGUCAUAUUUUGCUAAAUAAAUCACAUUGAGGAUGUAAA